CCGCCACCAUGACCUCCUUCUCCAGCAACAGCUUCAUGUCCUCUGCAUCUAUGGGCUCCUUUCGCCACAUGUCCAUGUCUAGUGGAGGUAGACACAUCAGCGCCAUGAGGGGCGGCAGCGUGUACGGGGGUGCCGGUGGGUCCGGGGUGCGCAUCUCCAGUGCCUCCAGCACCUUCUCUGCUGGCAGUGAGUCUGGUGGCAGCUCCAACCUAGCCGACGCUGUCUACCUGAACGGAAAUAAGAAGGCCACCAUGCAGAAUCUGAAUGAUCGCCUAGCCUCCUACCUGGACAAGGUCCGCUCCCUAGAGAAGGCCAACGCUGAUCUGGAGGUGAAGAUCCACCAGUCCCUGGAGAAAAAAGCCACACCUGAGACUCAUGACUGCACUGCCUUCAAAGUUGUCAUCAGCAAACUCCAAAACCAGAUCUUUGAUGCCACUCGUAUGAAUGGAGGAUUCUACCUGGCUAUUAACAAUGCUAAGUUGGCAGCAGAUGACUUUCAAGUCAAGUAUGAGAAUGAGCUGGCUAUGACGCAAUGUGUGGAGGCUGAUAUUGCUGGGCUGAGGCGGGUGAGGGACGAGCUGACCAUUGGAGGAUCCAACCUGGAGAUGGCGGUUGAGGAGCUGAAGGAGGAGUUGGUCCACCUCAAGAAGAACCACAAGGAGGAGGUCAAGGCCCUUCGGGCGCAGGUGGUUAAUCAGACGGUCAACGUGGAGGUUGAUGCUGCCCCACAGGAAGACCUCACCAAAGUCAUGGCUGAGAUCCGUGAGCACUACGAUGCUGUUACUGCCAAGAACCAAAAAGAACUGGAGAGCUGGUUCAAUGCAAAGACAGAAGAAAUCCAGAAAACUGUCGCCUGCAGCACAGAGACCGUCCAAUCCUCCCAAUCUAAAAUCACUGAAGUUAAACGCAUAAUGCAAAGUCUAGAAAUCAAAUUCCAAUCUGAACUCAGCAUGAAAGCUUCCCUGGAGGGCACCCUGGCUGACACACAGAACCGCUAUGCCAAUAUGCUAUUGAGUUAUCAGAUGCAGGUGACCAGCUUAGAGGGCCAUCUUGGUCAGAUACGUGGUGACUUGGAGCGCCAGGGACAGGAAUACCAGAUUCUGCUGGACAUCAAGACCAGGCUGGAGAUGGAGAUCACUGAGUACAGGAGACUGCUGGACAGGGAAAUGACAAGCAGUGUCUCGACAGCCACCAAAACACACAAGGUGGUAACUCUCAUCAUGGAAAGUGUUGACGGCAAGGUGAUCAGUGAGACCAAGACCAAGUGAGACAUCUUAAAACGGGGAAUUCACAGAACAGAACACGAUCCCGUUGAUUCCUACUGUCAACCUUUCUCAGAAGCUGUGAUUCAAUUGGGUUGUGUAAACUUGUAUCUUGGGAUUUAUAUACUUCCUCUGAUACCUUCAGAGAGAUUUGUCAAUAAAACUAAGCCCUAAAACUUUUGUUUCAUUUUUGUUUUGAUUUGAUGGAAUCAUUUUAUAAAAUUAAAGCUAUCGACAACAUAGUUGAGGCAAUUAGGCCAAUAUUGAUUAUAUUGCUGUUUUGAAUAGUUGAGUAGGCUGUAUCAUGAUCUCUAUUGACAAAUUGUUAUUUUUUAUACAGUAUAG